UUAUAAUUAGUUCUUCAAGUUAUCUCAGUUUUAUUAGCUUCUAGCUAACUAAGUAAACAGUACUAGCUAGCUAGUCCAGAUGGAGAAAGCAAGUGCAUUCCUUUGCCAUCCCCCUCCCUCACAUGGAAAGCUCAUCACUGUUCUCAGCAUUGAUGGAGGUGGAAUCAAAGGGAUUAUCCCCGGGACUCUGCUCAGCUUCCUAGAGUCCGAGCUCCAGAAGCUGGAUGGUGAAGCUGCAAGGUUGGCAGAUUAUUUCGAUGUUAUUGCAGGGACUAGCACAGGUGGCCUUGUCACCGCCAUGCUUACCGCCCCGGAUCAAAACAACCGUCCCUUGUUUGCGGCUAACCAGAUUGUCGAUUUUUACCUUGAGCACUGCCCUAAAAUAUUCCCUCAAAUCAAUAUUCCACUGUUUGGUGACGCCUUAGAAAAUGCAAAGGGUGUAUACGCACCAAAAUAUGAUGGCAAGUAUUUACACAAGCUUAUCAAGGAAAAAUUAGGAGACAGACGAUUGAACCAGACAUUGACCAAUGUUGUGAUCCCAACUUUUGAUAUAAGUUGCCUCCAACCAGCUAUCUUCUCCACCUACGAGUUGAAAAGGAACAAGAAAUUAGAUCCGGCUCUACUGUCGGAUAUAUGCAUCGGAACUUCAGCAGCACCAACUUAUCUUCCCUCGCAUUAUUUCAAAACCGCAACAAGAGAAUUCCAUCUCGUUGAUGGCGGUGUGGCUGCUAAUAACCCGGGUUUGACUGCUAUAACCGAAGUGACAAAAGAAAUCAAGAAGGGAAAUACUGACUUCUCUCCGAUUGAGGCAGCUGAUCAGGGUAAUAGGUUCCUCCUCAUAUCUUUGGGUACUGGUUCAUCAGCAAAAUCCAAGUACGAUGCCAGAGUAGCAGCUAAGUGGGGUAUUAUGGCAUGGUUGAUGCAAGCCAACUUUCAAUGUCCAUUGUUAGAUGUACUCACUGAAGCAAGUAGUGACAUGGUAGAUUGCCACCUUUCUACCCUUUUCCAAGCUCUUUGGUCUGACGAUAACUACCUUCGAAUUCAGGAUGACCAAUUGAGCACCGACUUGAAUUCUAUGGAUAAUGCUACGCCUGAAAACUUGAAAAAACUUGUAAAAGUGGGAGAGGCACUGUUAAAGAAACAAGCUUCAAAGUUGAAUAUAGCUACCGGCCUCCAUGAGCCUGAUGAACAUCAUAUUACUAAUGAAGAGGCUCUCAGAAGGGUAGCGGCAGUUCUCUCCAAAGAGAAGAAGGAACGUGCAAUCAGAUCAGCAGCACCACAAGCAAACCCAGCAUCUGCCAGCUGAUCGAUAAGCUUGAUACUCGAUCUGUUGAAGAAAAAUAAAUGCCCAUCAUAUAUAGUGAUGGUGGAAUAUUGAUGCUUAAUACUAGAGUUUCGACUAUCUUGUAACUCAGUACGUGCGUACUGAGAUUAUGUUCUCAAUAAAUACCAAUCUACUACCUUUGUUAUUUGUGA